AUGAGGGCGUCAAGGUCUAUACUUUUACCAUUUCUUUCAACCCUUUUGUUCUCGAUUCCAUUGGUGACAUCAUAUUCAGCGCUUGAUGAUUUUCUCCAAUGUCUUCCCAAACAUUAUUCCGAUCCUUCUAAACCCAUCGCUGAUGCCAUAUACACUCCCACCAAUCCUUCCUUUCAAUCUGUUUACGAGCUGCAUGCGUAUAACCUUAGAGUUUUAACACAGGCAAAUGCAACCCUGAAACCUAUGGCCAUUAUAGCUGCUCUGCAUGAAUCUCAUGCUCAAGCAACUAUCUUUUGUGCAAAACAUUUCGGUUUGCAGAUACGACUUCGAAGCGGUGGACAUGAUUAUGAGGGCCUUUCAUUCGCGUCCUCUGUCCCAUUUGUCAUCCUUGAUCUGUCUAAUCUUCGAUCUAUACAGAUUGAUAUGGCUAGAGAGACUGCAUGGGUUCAGGCAGGGGCAACCACUGGAGAACUCUAUUAUCGGAUUGCAGAGAGAAGCAAUGUCCAUGCUUUCCCAGCUGGAGUCUGCACCACCUUAGGCGUAGGCGGUCAUUUAACUGGAGGUGGCUACGGGCCUAUGAUAAGAAAAUUUGGGCUUUCUAUAGAUAAUGUCAUUGACGCGCAAUUAAUUGAUGUCAAUGGUAGAAUCCUUGACAGAAAGUCCAUGGGAGAGGAUGUCUUUUGGGCUAUCAGAGGUGGCGGUGGAACUAGCUUCGGAGUCAUUCUCUCAUGGAAGAUCAAGCUGGUUCGAGUCCCUGCUAAAGUAACUGUUUUCGAAGUGAAAAAGACUUUGGAACAAGGGGCAACAGAUCUUGUUUAUAAGUGGCUACAAGUUGCCUAUAAACUCGAUGAAGACCUUUUUAUCCGUAUCACCCCCGUAGCCAUCACUGGGAAUGGCAAGGGCAACAAGACGGUACAAGUCUCUUUCAUUGGCCAUUUUCUUGGACAAACCGACAGGCUUCUCCAACUGGUGCAAGCUAGCUUUCCAGAAUUGGGCUUGCAACGAAAUGACUGUAUAGAAAUGAGUUGGAUUGAAUCCACGCUUUACUGGGCUGGCUUCCCCAACGGGACAUCCGUUGACAUUUUGCUCAAUAGAGUGCCACAGAGCAAAGUCUUCUUCAAAACCAAGUCUGACUACGUUAAAAACGUGAUUCCAAAGGCGGGUUUAGAAACCUUGUGGAAGAUGAUGAUGCGAAUAGAGAGCAUAUGGAUCCAGAUGAACCCUUAUGGUGGAAGAAUGGCUGAGAUUCCCGAGUCUGAAACGGCAUUCGCACACAGAGGUGGAAACCUUUACAAAGUUCAAUACACCGUACACUGGUCGGAAGAGAGCAGUGAAGCCACCAAAAAGUACGUAGGAUGGCUAAGAAAACUGUACUCUGCCAUGGCUCCCUACGUCUCUAGUAGACCAAGGGAGGCAUUUCUCAACUACAGGGAUCUCGACAUCGGCAGCAAUGGCAGCAACAGCUCGGAUUUUGCCGUUGCAAAAGUUUAUGGCGCCAAGUAUUUCAAAACUAAUUUCCUGAGAUUGGCACGAGUCAAGGCCAAGGUAGAUCCCGAAAAUUUCUUCAAAAACGAACAAAGUAUUCCGCCAUUUCCAUCUUCGAAGUCAAAAUGAGCACUAUAUACAAGCCUUUUUUAAUUUGUUAUUGUCAAAGAAUUAGUAGUUCUUCGGGUUUAUAUUUGAUACACUAUCCAUCAAC